UCGGAACCAGUUAGACAGUAUGACAGGCCUUGGGGGUGGGGGCAGUACUGGGGGUGGGCCAAGCAGCGGUGGAGGGGGAGGAGCACCAGGAUCACAAUUCAGCAUGAACAAGAAGAAUGUUACAGAUCCAUCCCCGGGUCCCCGCAGGAACUUCGGCAUGAUUGGUAUGCCACAAGCAAAAUCCCAAACAAGAAAACAUGGCAUGUUCGAGACAGACGAGGAUGAUCCCAGCUUGUACUUCAGUCAGUCUGUGUUCCCGACCAGACAAGGAGGUGAGGAUGACAUCUCAAUCCCCAUCUCAGCUGUCUGGGUUCGGAAACAACUUCUACAGCCAGGGUCUGCCCCAACGAAGUAUUGGUAACAGUCAGUUCCCUGGACGCAACAGCAGUGGCGGCCACAUCACGCCGACGAGCAUGAACCCCAACUUCCCCAUCAGUAUACAGCAGCCUCAACACUCACCCAACAGCCUGUCAGUGAUCGGAGCCCGCAGUGUGCUCGGUCAGAACCAGUCCUCUCAGCCUCUCAAUAAUCUCCAGAAGCGGACAACUUUAUCCUCAGCAUUCGGAAGUGCUGCCGGACCAAUCACUAGUAUCACAAACAGUUUCGGCUUUUCGGGGAGCAGGCAAGGUAACGAGAACAACCAUCCAGCGCUGGAUUUGUCGGAAUUUCCUUCAUUAAGCAACAGAUCUAACAUCCCUCCCAAUCCCAUGCCAACCGCUCGAAACUAUGGUAUGGUCAGCAAAGCUGUUCCGGACCCCACCCCGGAGUUCAAUAUCACCCAGGAGGAGUUCCCUGCCCUGCCUGGAUCCUCAAAUCCCCCAGCAUCAUCGGCAAACGACUCCACAAGGAAAACUGUUAGUGCUCUAUUUGGUCCUCCAAAUCCUUACAUGCCUGCACCAGGAACAUUCGAGUCGGUGAACAGCAAAGACAAACCCUCCGACAAAUCAUCACAACCAAAGAGAGGCAUUCAGACGCACCCAGAUGGCACGGUGUCCAAUAUCCCGCCAGGCAUGGUCACAGAUCAGUUUGGCAUUGUGGGUCUCCUCACGUUUAUACGGGCAUCCGAGAACGACCCCAACUUGGUUGCUUUAGCACCCGGGAUUGAUCUCACAACAUUGGGCCUCAAUCUCAACUCCCCUGACUCUAAGAGAAACCUCUACAGUACAUUUCAGUCCCCCUGGGCAGAUGCACCCUGUCGGCCACAAGAUAUCGAUUUCCACGUGCCUGCAGAGUAUCUCACAAACAUUUUCAUCAGGGAAAAGCUGGCUCCAAUCAAGCUGAACCGGUAUGGAGAGGACCUGUUGUUCUUCUUGUUCUACAUGAACGGUGGGGACGUGUUGCAGUUGGCGGCGGCAGCAGAACUUCACAGUCGAGAGUGGAGGUACCACAAGGAGGAGAGGGUGUGGAUGACAAGGGCACCGGGUAUGGAUCCCAUCGUCAAAACAAACACGUAUGAGAGGGGAACAUACUACUUCUUUGAUGCACAGAACUGGCGGAAAGUGGCAAAAGAGUUUCACCUGGAGUAUGACAAGUUGGAGGAACGCCCCAGCUUACCUCCCACGCUCCAUCACAACCCCAAUCAGCCCAUUGUUGCUCACUAGCAGUGGGUGAACAGACUGUUGUGACCAGGGAAGCAGCCGUGCCACUCUCAGUGAACUGUCAGACAUGAACUCUGAACCAGAGUUGUCUCCCCUUGCCCUGAUGCAGCAGAUGGAUCAAUAUUUGUUUUAUUGUAAUUAUGUAAAUUGGAACACCCACCGGUGUUGUUUCUACUCUCCUGGGGAGACAGGUCGCCAGACAAUGUGUUGAUUUCAUUGUAAAUACAACAUCUGUCAUCUAGUAUAA